CACGGAUACACGAUCAGUUCGAUUGGGACAUGUCGAGCAGACUGGAACAAUGCUAGCAACGUGUCAUGGCCUCUCAACCACCCACGCGCGCCAGUAUUUCUGAGCGACGAGCUGCCUCGCAGCGACAACAGCGAAGUCGAGCCACGAGCGCUGCUGCUGUGCCCUCUCCGAUAGACGAGGGGCGUUCUGCUGUAGACUCGAAGACCACAAGCCAGCACAGAAAAGGCACAACCACCACUGAGACGAGACGGACGACGGAGACCAGGCAGACAUUGAUUAAGAGGACUGUGAGUCCAGUCAAACGCGACAAUGGUCCGUCGCGAAAGAGUACAGAGGUGGAGCGACCAGUGCCAAAGGGCAACGCGAGGAAGCCUGACGAGGCGGUUGCGCCAUGGACUCCUCAUGCGAGUCUGCUACCUCCUUCGUCUGCUCCUCUGGCUUCCCGAAUAUCGAUCCCUCCAGAGGCAAAACGUGCACCUUCAACGUUGCAACCGGCUUCUUUGAGUAGCCUGUCGCUCGAUGCACAGGAGAAGGCCAUCGUACAAGACUUAUUGUUCGUGCUCAUGGGAUAUGAAGGACAGUACAUUCGAUACGUUGACCAGUAUAAUCCACUGGACGAGAAACUCAAACUUGCUGGGCCCCAAUUCCAAAUCCAACACGGCCUAGAUCCUAGCUUGAGAGACCUGGCCCGAGGAAUGCUCAAAAUGGCGACACAUUUCUGUGCCGUCGAAGAAUUUGUUGAGGUACAGAGCAGAGACGAAAUGGGCACGGUGAAUCAUGCUUUAUGUGCAGCCAUGAGGAAACUCCUCAAAGAUUACAUGAUCUUGAUCGCACAGUUAGAGCACCAAAUGCUGACGAACGACGGCUUCACAUUACAUCAAUUCAGCCUGCAUACCCGGCCUACGGCACACAUGAUGCUCCAGUUGUAUGGUGUUGCUCACGAGAUCUUGAAGGAGAAUAGCAUGCUCGACAAUGGGGAAGACUCGGACGACUCCGAUGAUUUUGAAAACAUUCUAGAGUCGCUGAAGGAGGGCAAGGACGCCCAAUUACCAGGAAAGAAGGUAUGCAAAGGUGGCACUGUGCUUCGUUUACUCACUCGGCGGCUUGCUUCCAUGGCUGGUGAUCCGCCUGCUCGACAACUCUUGACAACAUUGCUCCGCGAGGCAAGUCGCCCCUACAUGGCAAUGUUGAACGAGUGGUUACAUCAUGGCAAUGUACGCGAUCAUCAUCAGGAAUUUUUGAUCAAGGAACAGAAGUCAAUCCGCAGAGAAGGUCUUGAGCAGGACUACACAGACGAGUACUGGGAGAAACGGUACACUUUGCGCCAGGACCUGGUACCGCCUCAACUGGAAGCUUUGAAAGACAAGGUUUUGCUGGCUGGCAAGUAUCUCAACGUCGUUCGCGAAUGUGGAGGCAUUGAGAAUGUGACACGAAAUCUCGAUGCAAAUACCGACCUUCCACACACUUUCGAGGAUCCUCGGUUCGCAGAGAAUGUAUCUGGAGCAUACACCUUUGCAAAUCAGAGCUUGAUGAAGCUUCUGAUCACGACACACGGACUCCCAUCUCGUUUACGAAGUUUGAAGCAUUAUUUCUUUCUCGAUCGCAGCGACUUCUUCUCAUAUUUCCUCGAGCUCACACAUCUGGAGCUUAGAAAGCCAGCUAAGAGCGUCAAUAUUGGCAAGCUGCAGACUCUUCUUGAAACAGUGCUUAGACAGCCUGGUUCAGUGGCCGCUGAGGAUCCAUACAAGGAGGACAUCAAAGUCGUGAUGAACGAUGUGGGUUUGACUGGAUGGCUGAUGCGAGUUGUGAACGUGCAGGGCAUGGACGCAGAUGCCACGUCACUGUCAGCGUACACACCAGCCGUGACGAACGAGAAGGAAGAAAAGGAGAUUUCCGGCUACGAGGCGCUAACAUUUGACUACGCUGUGCCUUUCCCACUGUCUUUGGUGGUGAGCAGAGUCACGUUGACGCGGUAUCAGCUGCUGUUCCGAUACCUCCUCAGCUUACGACAUCUUGAAACUCUUUUGACGAAUUCUUGGACCGAGCACAACAAGGUGAAGUCAUGGUAUCACAAGUCAAAGUCAGACCCUGUCAUCGCGAAGAAAAUCGAAAACUGGAAACGGAGAGCUUGGUGUCUGCGCAGUCGAAUGCUGUGCUUUGUGCAACAACUUCUCUACUUCUGCACGAGUGAAGUGAUUGAGCCGAAUUGGCUGGCUUUCAUGUCUCGUCUGUCACAAGCCGAAGCCGAUGACAAAGCUGGGGAUGCUGAGGCGGGCGCGAAUGUGAAGAGGACCGUGGAUGAGUUGAUGCAAGAUCACAUCGACAUGUUGGCAACGUGCCUCAAAGAGUGCAUGUUGACAAACUCGAAACUGCUAAGGAUUAACUCCAAAGUCAUGUCCACAUGCACGUUGUUCGCGAAUUACACUGCUUCGCUGUCUCGCUACCUUGCUGGCGCAGAUCCCGACCUCGGAAAUCCCGCCUCGUCAACCUCGUCCUCAAAGACUGCUUACGAUCCUGCGAAGCUAGAUAAGCUCUUCUCGAUCCUUCAGCAGUAUGAAGACCAUUUCACCAGACAUCUGAAAAUUCUGCUCGAUGCGCUGAACUAUUUGGCGGCAACGGAGACGGUCGUCUUCCUCGGUCUUUGCUCGAAACUGAGCAUGGCGAAUGAGGGCGGGCCUGGUGGAGGUCCUGGUCCCGGAGCUUAUGGAUAGAAUCCGUACGGGCUAGAGACUAUUUGAGUGCGAUGCUUGCGGAAGUAAAGCUGCUCGCAGAUGGUGGUUACUAUUCGUGCUUUUCCAGCGAUGGCGUUCGAGGGGUGGGUCAAGAUAGCCUGAGGGAGGGCAUCGCUGGCCUGGGGUGGAAGCCAGUAGUCAAAAGAAGUCAUUACUUUGUGCUGUUCUUUCUCAGGCCCA